AUAAACCCCCACCUUCUUCCGGUGGCGGUAGAGCGGGGAGGUCCGCGCGGUGCAUUGAUGUUGUUAGGGUCAGGUGCUGCCACUCUUGCUGGUGGCGGGGGUCGACAGUGCACACAGCUCUGACUCCCGUAGCAUUUAACAGUUAUAACUUAAACCUUUUAACGUCUUACCAAGUUUAAUUAAUACACCCGUCGCACCUUCCCCCCACCCCUCUCACAGCCGCCGAUGAAGAUCUUUGCAGUAGCACUCAUGUCUUCGUUGCGUCAACACGGUGGUGUGGCGGUGCGUCAGGCCACGCGCAAGCUGUCUGCGCGGCCCACGCUUGGCAAGGCAGAGCAGCCGAACCCCAUGAAGAAGCCGCAGGCAUUGCCCGAGAGGAACGCGGCGGUGGUGGCGGCGGCUGCGGCGGCGAAGGUAUCGGCGCCGGCGAGGACAGAGGUCAGGGGCGGCCCCCGGCCCGCUGGUGGCACGGCUGGGACGCGCUCGGAGAGCUCGCUGAGCCGUGUGCUGGGCCGACUUGCCAUCACCAAGACCACGCAGCCGACGCGCAGCACCAGGCCCUUCUCCACGUCGUCGGAUCGGCGCGACGGUGCCGCUGGGGGCGGGGUGGGUGGCGGCGGGAAGAUCGAGACGCUGGAGGACGUGGCGCGCCUCAUCCGAGACGGGCACUGCAAGAACAUUGUGCUCAUGGCCGGCGCCGGCAUGAGUACGGCCAGCGGAAUCCCCGACUUCCGGACGCCAGGCACGGGGCUGUACGACAAUCUGCAGCGCUACCACCUGCCCUUCCCCGAGGCCGUGUUUGACCUCGACUUCUUUGCGGUCGACCCGAAGCCCUUCUUCACUCUGGCGCAGGAGCUGUACCCCGGCAACUGCCGCCCCAACGACGCGCACUACUUUGCGCGCCUGUUGCACGAGCGCCGGCUGCUCCUGCGCCUCUACACGCAGAACAUCGACGGCCUGGAGAGUUUGGCGGGACUGCCACCGGACAUGCUGGUGGAGGCGCACGGGACAUUCGCCAGCGCCACCUGCACGCAGUGCCGCAAGCCACAGCCGGGAGACCAAGUGCGGCGCACCGUCAUGAGCGGCAAGAUCCCCCACUGCGGCGCGUGUUCCGCCGUCGUUAAGCCCGACAUCGUGUUUUUUGGCGAGGACCUUCCCAGGCGCUUCUACGCCUACGACCAGGACUUCUCCAUGGCCGACCUGCUCAUCGUCAUCGGCACCUCGCUGGAGGUGAUGCCGUUCGCGGGUCUGGUCAGCGCGGUGCGGCCCGGUGUGCCGCGGCUGCUGCUGAACCGCGAGGCGGUGGGCCUCUUCCGCCGCGCCGCCUCUUCCCCGACGGACGUGGCGCACUUGGACGACGUGGUGGCUGGCGUGCGGCGACUCACAAACCUCGUGGGCUGGGACGCCGAGCUGGAUCGUCUCAUCGCCACCGAGAACAAGCGCUUGGACAAGGAGCUGGCCAAGGAGGACGACGGUCCAGCCGACAACGGGAAAGCGGGCACCAAGAACGGGCCCGGCAAGAGGCCCUCCGGCGACGGCGCGGCGGGCAGAAGGGGCCUCCACACGGCGAGCCGCGUGGCCCCCGCGACCACGGCGCCGGCGAAACCGUGGGCUGGCGUGAUGGCGGCGCGCGCAAACGCACGCCGGCAGAACGCGCCGCCUCGCGCCAUCGACGCGGCGUCUUCGGAGAGCGACAGCGAUAGCAGCGGCGACGCCUCUUCCGAUUCGUCGUCCGGAGCCAGCCUCUGAAUGGUGGACGCGAUCCGAUUUAAUUUUAAGUGGCAUGGCGCUAAGCGGCAUGUGACCCUCCCACCAACAACAAGUAACCAUCGCUGAAGCACUACCGGGUACUCGCCAAAGAAAGGGUGUCAAAGAUUGGGUGCCACUUGGUGUCUAGAAAUCAUCUUGCGUUUGCAUUAGUGUUGCUCAUGCUUGUUUUCCAGCCUUCGUGCACUUUUCUCUGUGAUUAAUUUCUAACCAUUAGAACCGCUUUAUUGUGGGACACUGAUUUGUGAAACAUCGCACUUAUCUAUUUAAAAGCACAGUUGUGCCAUUAUUAAAGUUGUUGCUGCUGCAGCAGCAAUCUUAUUCAAUCAUUGACGGUUUAAGCAAAUGUAAAAAUUAUGAAAAUUGCAAAUUGGAAUAAUUAAUGGGUUCUUUUGUUUUACUUUAACGUUGUUGUGAAUUUAAAUUCCGAUAGCAGGGUUCUGCACUGUACAAAUUCACUUAUGCAAAAUGUAUAGCAUGACAUUUGUGGGUUACCACAGUGAAUGGAGUUUUAGGACGAGUCUUGAAAAACAACUUGAAGAUUUAUUUUUAUUAUGACAGUAAAAAUCUUUACCGAGCAGAUGCCCAUCGGAAUCACACGACCGUAUCUUCAUUUCGA